AUGCCCACGGUCCUCCUGCGCACCGCUGCGGUCACGCUGACCGGCGCCGAGCCCACGCCCCUUGAUGUCGACUCCCCGACCACCGUCGCGGACCUUUCCUCCGCAGCGUCGGCCGCGACGGGCAUCCCUCUGGAACGGCUUCGCCUCGUACACAAGGGCUGCGCGCUGACGGACCUCCCGGCCACGGAGAAGGUCGAGCUCGCAGAGAACGCGAGUAUCGUCGCCGUCGCCGCCCCGGCGCGGCCGAGGGACCGCGCGCCCCCGGGGCCUGCAGCCGCCAGCGCGACGGCAGCAGCACGCCGCGUCUGGCCGCACAGGGGCGGCGCGGGGGCGCGGGCGCGCGAGAGCGACUCCGAGGACGACCAUGACGCGGACCUGCGGUUUCAGAUGUCGCCCAACUCCCCGUGGCUGGACCGCAAGCUCGCCGCGUGGCUUCAACAACAGGGGGUGUCAGACUUGGCGCUGACGUGGAUAUUCUUCGUCCGACUGUGGGUCUGGGGCGUCGCGGCAGCGUGGCUCUUCUUGCUGCCGUACGUGAACAGGUACGGGCACGCGGCGCCGUACGUGCUGUGCACGAUCAUCGUCGUGAUAUACACGAACCUCGGCCGGCGGCAGAGCGGCGAAGCGAGCGCCUACACCAUUUUCAACGGGUUCCAGGCGCUGCCGGGACAGAUGGGCGCCGGGGACGUGGACAACGCGAUCAUGCGAAGACACUAG